AUGAACUUCCAAGAUGACUUUGAGUCCGAACGUUCGGAGAGCACUGAUGAAGAAUGGUGGGCGGAAGAUCAGAACGAAGAUUCAAAUGACGAACAGGAAAUCGAGGAGCACGAAUACUCUACCUCCGAUGACCCGGCACGAACAAUAAAAAUCCGACUAUUCUUAAGAGAUGAAGGAUUCAGCGACUCUAAGUGGAUGAAAACCCUUGUUGCGGAAUGUACUUGCGAUGGCAGUGUUGUCGCCAAUGCUCUUGCUCGCUACAUUGAUCGAAUAUGCAUUCGCUCUGAAUUCUGGGAAAGAAUGGAAGAGGAAAGUGAGGGCAUGUGCGAUAUUGCCUUCAAUAUCUUUAAUCGAUUCGGAUUUAUCCAGACGAAUCCUCUUUUCAUAAUUGAAGAACUCUGUGUGACAGCAUUCGACCUACGUCGGAAAGGACUGGGACAAAAAAUGGCGACUUUGCUUUUGGAGAGAGCCAAACGGCUUAGCUCAGAAGACGAGGCAGUCGACGACAUUCUUCUUGAUGAAAAUCCUGAGUCCAAUGCGGUGUCUGAGCGAUUAUGGACUCUACAUGCUUUCGUCAGUCCUGGAAUUCUAACAUCCGAAAUCGAAUCACAGUUGAAGGGUAAAUCUGCAGAAGAACGAUUGAUAAUGAAGGAACAGCUUCAGUUCGGUGCUAUUAAUUUCUGGCGAUCUUGUGGUUUCCGCCGAAUUGGAGCAUCUCAUUGUUUUGCAUAUUCAUUCAACCUCCAGCAUCAGUCUCACGCUCUUACGGCGGCUUCCGAUUACAACCCGCGGAGAAGCCGGGCUGAAGAGCUUGAAACUGAGGAAUUGCAACUCAUUUACGAGAGUGAUCGUCAUAUUAGACCUCAGGACUUGAGAAUGGAAAGGCUUCGUGACACAUUGCCACUGCAUCAUGCAGCUCUUACUUUGACGGACGAAGAGCUCAAAGCCUUUUUCGUCAAUCAUGCUGACGAUGGGACUGACUGGGAUCGGUUAACCAACUCUGAAUCCACACUCCUGCAUCUGACAGCUUGUGAACUCAAGCCCCUAAGUACACAGUGGCUACUUAAGAAUGUCCAUUAUGCUGACUCCUGGAGGUCAGCCCGUGAUAUCAAGGGGAACACACCACUUGAAGCAUUACAGGAGAAGUUAGAGGAAAUGCGAAGUCAAAAGCGCGUUUUUGUCAGAGUCUUGAACAUAUCAGACCGCUUUGAAGGACACUGCGAUACUGCAGUAUCCUGUCUAUCCUUGCUGCAGGACCAGGUUGGUUUGGGGUCCAGUGAAGCAUACCUUCGCUACGGCUGUACCUGCGGAGGGUGCGUCGGAGGAUUCAUAUCUGCCCGAAUGAGGGACUCUCUGAUUUCUCAAGGCGAGGUCAAUUACGACCUCAGCCGAGAGUUCAUCAAUGAUGGCCAUUAUUGGGUAAAGAGUAAUAGCGACAUUCUCGUGCACCUCGAUCGCGAUGUGCGAAGAAAUCUCAAAACCAACAAAUCGCUCCGGAAAGGCUUUGUGAAUAUUUUCCAGAUUGCCGUAGAGUGUCUUGAGGCAAGAAGAGUUCCUACCCCAGAAAACCUGGAGUGGUUUUGUAACAAUCGGAGUGAGUGGCCACCGCAUACUAGGAACUUCUUACAACGUGCUGGGGUGCAAGGGGGCUGUCGGGCAGUGCUUCGGUAUAUGUUCGACGCUGCUAAGGAAGAGGAAGAAUACGAGGAAGCAGGCAAUGGAGAAUUUUAUCCCUCAUCAAACCUUCCGACUUGCAGAAAUGAUUACGAAUUUGAAUUCGUCGCUCGUGUUUGUGGUUAUGCUGAGUCUGAUUCUAUGUAA